AUGCCGGAGCCGCCCUAUCCCUUGCACCCCUCGGUCGUCGACCGCAUCAACCCCGAGUACAAGGACUUUUACAACAAGUUCGUCUUUGACAAGCAAGUUGUUCACCACCAGCCCAUCUCCGCGUCUCGUGCAAGCGGUACUCUGAUCCCCGGAGCGGGUCCCAAGCUCGAGGUCGCCAGCUCAGAGGAUUUCACCAUUUCGAGGAAAGAAACCAGCGGACCUGACAUCCUCCUGCGGGCUUUCACGCCGCUGGGAGAAAGACCGACCAAGGGAUGGCCACUAUGCUUUUGGUUCCACGGCGGCGGCUGGGUCUUGGGCAACAUUGACACGGAGAAUGUCAUCGCCUCGCACCUCUGCAACCGGGCGAAAAGCGUUGUAAUUUGCGUAGACUAUAGACUGGCACCAGAGAAUCCUUUCCCUGCGGCCGUCGACGACUGCUGGGAAUCUGUCCUCUGGGCCAUCUCCACAGCCGGCACCGAAAAGCUCAACCUCGACAUCUCGCGCAUCGCGAUCGGAGGCUCAUCAGCAGGCGCAAACCUCACAGCCAUCAUCUGCCAGCGUGCAACAAAGCGUCCGGACUUCCCGACCGUAGCAACACAGCUGCUAUCCGUCCCCGUUGCAGACAACACCGCCACAGUCGACUCGACGAAACCAGAGCACGCAUCCUGGAUGGAGAACGAGUUCACGCCCGCCUUGCCAGCGGAGAAGAUGAUGUGGUAUCGUUACCAUUACCUCCCCGACAGAGAAACUUGGGCGGACCCCGAGGCCAGCCCGCUUCUGUGGGAAGGCGAGUGGUCCAAGUUGCCUCCUGCUGUCGUGGUAGUCGGCGAACUUGAUGUUUUGAGGAGCGAGGGCGAGGCUAUUGGGAAGAAGCUCCAGGGUGCGGGCGUUAAAACGGAUGUGCAUAUUAUGAAGGGGCAGCCGCAUCCGUUCAUUGCGAUGGAUGAGGCGUUGGAAGAUGGCAGGAGGGCCAUCACGUACUUUUGCGACAAGCUUAUAGAGCUGCUGUGA